UUUAAUUUUGGUUCCAUCAAUUCUUUGCUCAAUUCCCAGCGCCGAGCAUGGAACCGGAGGUAGUGGAGAGGACUAAGAGUUUUUCCUUCAGCUGCCACGAUUUCAAAACCUCGGUUGCGGUCUUUAGCGACGGUGAAGAAAGCUGUAGCGAUGAAUCUUACAUUGAAAUAGCAAUUGGACCUACCUCAACCGACGGUUUUGAUGAAAGAAAGAAGGAUCCUGCAGACGAUGGUGUCCAAAGAGAGCAUAAGAAGGAAUUGGACCUGCGGAUAUCGUUUUCAUCGUCCUUUCCCUUACCGGAAUUGUCUAAAACUGAUGUGCUUGGGAGAAUUGGCUGCGGUUCUGAUACUGGUACAUCUUUAUCCUCCUCUACCACUUCAUCUUCAAAAUCCACGUUCGGGCCUUCUUCAUCAGCAGAGGCUAAGUAUUGGACGGCACCACUUGGAAGAAGCCCUUCUAAUAAGUUUAACAAGACCCUGAAACGGAAGCUGCAGUUUCCAGCAGUCAACCGUUUUCUCGACAAUUUGAUGUCCAAUUCCAGGGGGCAAUCGGAGGUCCGAGAGAAAUCCGGUGGCCGUUACAGCCCGGCAGUGGCGACGGAGACAAAUCAGUUGGACCAUGUACAGGGCAGGAAAACGUCAAACAUAAAAAACAGAUCAAGCAGAGGAGUGAUAAUGAAAUUUUUUAUGAAGUUCAAGUCAAAAAAUUUCCAAGCACUUUUAGCAUCAAUGGUGAAACCCCAACAAUUUGGUGACUAUGGGGUCAAGAAGACUAGAUCGGAGGAAAUUCUUGAGAGAAAUUGGGGCCAGGUGACACCGUGGAAUAGAAGUUUAGUGCAAAUGGAGAAGGGAAAGAACAGAGGAUUUGAGAUAAAAAUGGAUGCAAUCCAACGAGUUAUGGAAUCUAUGAGCACAAGUUUUGGAAGAAAUGAUAGGAAAACAAGAAGCUGUCCGGGUUCUGCAAAGUCGUCGCCGAUUCACCACGGAUAUACGACAGAGAGUAAAGUGAUGUGUAGAGAUAGUUCAAUUCAGGCUGCCAUUGCUCACUGUAAAAGAUCAUUGGGUCAGACUUCUGAUCUUUGACUUUAAACUACACUUUGUAGGUGUAAUGUGGAUGCUUUUCUAGUCCUAUUAAAUGGGAAAAACAAGAAGGUUUGGCCACUUGUUACCAUUUUCAAUUUUGAGAAAUAUCAUCUACUAUAUGGAUUAAGAAAAAUUAACAAAAAUAAUAACAUCUC